AUGUCCAACUUAUCAGAUAUUAUAGAGCUUUUUGAUUAUGAAACUCUCCAAAUAGAACAACCGCAAUUAUUAAAAAAGCAAACCUCUCUAGAUAGUUUUAUAUCAUAUGAGGGUGUUACUGAAAGCGAAGAUUCUAAUUCAGAGAAAUUUAAUAAUGAUAUAGUUCCUGAACAAUAUAAAACUUCA